AAACGUUUUACCAGCAGCACCAGAGCCGCGACUGUGGCUAAACGUGUUCGUGGGACUCUUCUAUCCGUUUCUUGUUUAUAACCUAGGGAAUUGAAGGUUAGCUCCACCCGCCUUUUUUUUUUUUUUUUUAGCAGUUUAAUCGGUGGUAUCUCUGUUAGCGGUGCGGGCUGUUAGUUAAAACAAAGCGGACCAUCUUCAACGGCUAGUCUCCUUUUUGUUUUAUUCCGUUUCAAAAAGGGGCCAAAUGUUCAUUUAAAUCCCCCAAACCAUCAGCAAAGGUAUCGUCUCAAGAUGGAUCUGCGGCUACUUUUAAUAGCAACGCUAUCAGCAGUCCUGAGUGGCAGCUGGGCCCAGCAAGAGGGAAGCAUAUGCAUCAAGGGCAACGCACAGUCAUGUGGGGAAUGCAUCCAGAUUUCUCAGACAUGUGGAUGGUGCACAGAUGAAAACUUCCUCACUGUGGGUGAGUCCAAGUCAGCCCGCUGCGAUGACCUCGAGUCCCUGAAGAAGAGAAAAUGUGAUGUGGCAAAAAUCGAGAACCCACGCGGAGGGAUCAACGUUGACGUGAACAACCCCGUCACCGUUCGUAAGAAGGAUGUGGCUGAGAAACUGGAUCCCAAUCAGAUCACCCAGAUACAGCCUCAGAAACUCACCCUGACACUCAGAUCUGGUGAACCUCAGACGUUUCAGCUGAAAUUUAAGCGUGCUGAGGAUUAUCCCAUAGACCUGUAUUAUCUCAUGGACCUGUCCUUCUCCAUGAAAGAUGAUUUGGAAAACGUGAAGAACCUUGGGACUGACCUCAUGAGGGAAAUGCAGGAGAUCACCUCAGACUUCAGGAUCGGUUUCGGAUCCUUUGUAGAGAAAACAGUCAUGCCUUACAUCAGCACCACUCCAGCCAGGCUCAUCAACCCCUGCACCGGGAACCAGAACUGCACCAGCCCCUUCAGCUACAAGAACGUCCUGAAGCUCACGAACCAGGGCGACGAAUUCAACCGGCUGGUCAGUCAGCAGCAGAUCUCAGGAAACCUGGACUCUCCGGAAGGCGGGUUCGAUGCCAUCAUGCAGGUGGCAGUUUGCGAGGAGCAAAUUGGCUGGAGGAAUGUGACUCGUCUGCUGGUGUUUUCCACCGAUGCCGGUUUCCACUUCGCUGGAGACGGCAAACUGGGCGGCAUCGUCCUGCCCAACGAUGGGAAGUGUCAUCUGGAGAACAACAUGUACACUAUGAGCCACUACUAUGACUACCCCUCCAUCGCUCAUCUGGUCCAGAAACUUAGCGACAACAACAUCCAGACCAUCUUUGCCGUAACUGAGGAGUUCCAGCCUGUUUACAAGGAGUUAAAAAAUCUUAUUCCUAAAUCCGCUGUCGGCACUCUGUCCUCAAACUCCAGCAAUGUGAUCAAGCUCAUUAUUGAUGCCUACAACUCGCUGUCCUCCGAGGUAAUCCUUGAAAACGGUCGCCUGCCAGAGGGAGUUGCUAUCACCUACAAGUCCAUCUGUAAGAACGGUGUUGAGGGAACGGGCGAGAACGGCAGGAAGUGUUCCAACAUCUCCAUCGGAGACGAGGUUUUCUUCAACAUCUCCAUUGAAUCCGAGAAGUGUCCGUCUCAUGGCAAUUCUGAGACCAUUACAAUCAAACCUCUGGGCUUCACCGAGGAGGUGCAGGUGGUUCUGAAUUUCAUCUGCGACUGUGAGUGCGCCAAACACGGAGAGGUCAAAAGCAAGAAGUGUAACGAUGGCAACGGGACCUUCGAAUGUGGAGCCUGCAAGUGUAACGAAGGUCGUAUCGGGCGCGUUUGCGAGUGCAGCAAAGACGAAGUGCGCACAGAGGACCUGGACGCCAACUGCAGAAAAGACAACGGCACAGACAUCUGCAGCAACAACGGUGACUGUGUCUGCGGCACCUGCGAAUGCAAGAAGCGGGAGAAUCCUUCCGAGGUCUACAGCGGAAAGUACUGCGAGUGCGACAACUUCAACUGUGACCGCUCCAACAACAAGCUCUGUGGAGGACAUGGACGCUGUGAAUGCAGGAAGUGCAUCUGUGACACCAACUACACAGGCAGCGCCUGCGACUGUUCAAUGGAUACCACCUCCUGCCUGGCCAAGAACGGCCAGAUCUGUAACGGCCGUGGUGAAUGUGUGUGUGGAAUCUGCAAAUGCGAAGACCCCAAAUUCCAGGGACCGACAUGCGAGAUCUGCCCGACCUGUCCUGGUGUCUGUCCCGAACACAAAGAUUGUGUGCAGUGCCGAGCGUUCGAUGCUGGCGAUAAGAAGGACACAUGCGAGCGGGACUGCAGCUACUUCACACUGCACAAGGUCAGUCAUCGCAACAAGCUGCCGCAGCCCACCGACCAGUCCUUCCCCCUGUCCCACUGCAAAGAGAGAGACGCCAACGACUGCUGGUUCUACUACACCUACGCCGUCAGGAAUGAAACCAAGGAGGUCUACGUGGUGGAGGAGCUCGAGUGCCCGGCCGGACCUGACAUCAUCCCCAUCGUGGCCGGAGUGGUCGCCGGUAUCGUGCUGAUCGGCCUCGCCCUGCUGCUCAUCUGGAAGCUGCUCAUGAUCAUCCACGACCGCCGAGAGUUUGCCAAGUUUGAGAAGGAGAAGAUGAACGCCAAGUGGGACACGCAAGGGAACCCCAUUUACAAGAGCCCCAUUAACCAGUUCCAGAAUCCCAGCUAUGGGAAUAAAGCCGCCGCCCUUUAGGGUGAGAAUCCAAUCUACAAAAGUGCCGUAACAACUGUCGUCAAUCCAAAGUACGAGGGCAAAUGAUGGAGCUUGGGCUCCUUCGUGGACAACACUGUAUGGAGAAGAGGAUCCGGGCCGGGAUGAGAGGGGAGGGGAGGGUUUUAUAAUGCUCACUGUUUGUUGUAGUCACCAAAUGAUAGCAAUGCAUUUUGCCACUCUUUUGUUUGUUUUACUAACUUGUUUUUUUUUUUAUUAUUAUUAUUAUUUCCUAUGCAUCAUGUGUACAGUCUGUAUAAAUGUGGGGGUUUAUGUCUUUUUUUUUUUUUUGAGCGAGAGAGAGUGAGAAUGUGUUUUGUAGUUUUUCAGGACUGGCAAGGUGACUGAAAGCCUAGCUGUGCCUUUAUUUUGAAAAAAAAUCGAAGCCAUCAGUGUUUUGGCGGAGGGUUGAAUUGGAUGUUGAUAACGGGGGAAGCAAGUGAAGAGUUCCUUUCCAGAUUAUCCCGCUGGUGAGUGGGAGACAAUCAAUCUGUCUCAAAAAAACAGACGAGCAAAGGUCUUGAGAUUGAUUUGCCCUCCGAGCGAAGGUCUUACUGUGCCUGUGAUCAUUUUCACCGAGCACGUAUCGCUCUUUUUUUAAAACGUCUGUCUAGGGUGAACUCUUCAAAUGUAGCAGGGGGAGGGGCAGCAGUGAAAUGUGUACAGUACGUUUUAGGGUUCUGUGUGAAGCCAUACAUGUAUUCACAGAACAGGCUUGAAGGUGAUGUUUGUUUGAAUCCAUCUUGAACAAUCAUGUGUUAUCUUUGUCUAGAAAAGGAAAAGAUAUUUCUAUCGGGCUGCCUUUCUAGAUGAAAGGGCAUCGGUGUACAGUAGCGUUACUGUUCGGCUCCAGGUUUUACUUGCUUAAUUUUAAAGCCAACUCAGGUCCUUAAUUCUUUGCAGAAAUGCCAAAUACACACAAAUCUGCCUUAUUUGCUAAUUAAAAUUUGCUUAUGUUGAAAUGCAUUGUUUUGCUCGUAGGAUAUGAAUUUGGGGAUGUCCUCCAUCUGUCAGUAAUUCCUCCCAACUCCGUUUUUAUUGGACAUGAAUGGUGAUCCUAUCUUUCAGUGGCUGGAGAACAAUGUCUGCGUCUGCAGAAAUUUAGGUUCAGAAAAGGAGGUUGCAUCCAUCACCAUUGUUUUUAAGUGCCUUUUUUUUUUCUACAACACUUUCACAUUUGCAAUUCUGUUUUCUGGAAUUAUUUAUUGAAUAAACCUUCAAAAUAAUUUACCCCAA